CCACUUGCCUUACCUCCCUCAUGUUGAUGCCUUCUAUGCGGCAGGCAGAGUUUGAUGAUUGAUUAGUGUUGGUGUUGUUAUUUGCUUGGUCGUGCAAUCUGGAAGGGCGCCACUGCUGUACGUUAUUUGAAGUGAAAUUGUGACACUUCCGAUGCGCCGUUGAAAGGGUUUGAUUGUGUCGACAGGGUGAUACAUAACCCUUUGUUUGCGUCAUCUCUGUUUGAAGAGUCUUGGUUGGGUUCUUGGUUAAGAAUGGCAUGUCCCCAGUUGAAGAAGCAAUGUGUUUCACCGAAACCACGGACAUCGUCGCAACAUGCCGGAGAUCAGCCCCAAGAACUGGCGCUGUGGACUCUGCCCAAGGGACCGCUGCUUCGCGUGCUCUCCCAUCUGAAGCCGAAUGACCUGGGCGCCGCCGGGCGGGCGUACCCGCGCCUGGCCGAGCUGACCAGGGCGCACAGGUCGCUGUGGCUGGGGGCACACUACUUCUACGAACUCCAAAUCCACCUCAUUGAUGACCUGGUGGAACUAUUGCAGCGCGCGCUGCCCACCGUGGACAAGUUGUAUUUCGACAACCGCUGCGGCUGCUGCACUUACGAAGACAACGGAAACGAUUGGGCCGAGCAUAACAGCCGAAGACUUGAUUCCGGUUUUUUGGAGGUGGAUGCCAAUGUCACCGCGCUUAGCGUUUCAGGACCUGGUGAUGGCUGCACCGCAAUUAUCGACCUGCUGGCGCCGAGACUCAAGUAUCUGCAAUUCGCAAAGAGUGAGUUGGGAAUGGACGAUCUCUCUAUUCUUUUGCGAAAGGCUUGCUGCCUGGAGACUCUUAGCUUCGAGGUGCAGCUCUUGUGUCGCGAGUGGCCGCAGGACUUGGUGCUGCCCAGCCUGCGCGCCGUAGAGUUCCACAUCCGCGACUCCCAGGAAGAUGAUCCCACAUUCGACGCCAUUGGGUCGCUGUUCGGAGCACACAGCGGGCAGCUGCGCAGUGUGACGCUGAGGACGGUGGGUCUGGAGCCCGUGGUGGAUGUGGACACUUGGCCGAGCGACCUCGACCAGCUGAGCAUCGUGGGCACCCCGAGGGCCGUGGACGAGUACCUGCAGGGAAUGCAAAGGCUCAAGCAGCUCCGAGUGACCCUGAAGUACGGCCGGAAGUACGGCGUGGUGCAACAGUGGGACAAGUUCUUGGACUACUCCUUCCAACGACGCCUCGGACUGCAACGCCUCGAGCUCGUGCGCUGUCGCAUCGCCACUGCGGCUGACCUGCUGGCGGGCGGGCUCGGCGGCCUCGAGGCGCUCGUCGUGCUGCUGACGAGCUCACCGACGGCGGAGUUGUUCCAGAGCGUCAACGACCCCGCCACAAUCCCUGCCCUCAACAUGCUGGUUGUCUCAUCUAGUUGCACGGCCCGUUCAGAGUUGAGCAGCCACACAUGUUCGUGUAGGAGGAGUGAAGAAAACAACGCCCGGAUGGUCACGGUGCUCCAGCGCGUGGUGCGGGACGCCCCUGUGGCGUCGCUCCACGUGUGUGUUCGACUGUGUCAAGUCUUCACGGCCAGAUCCAAGUUCGUCCUGUUGUUCAGGCACUCCCCGACUGAGUUGGAGUGUUCCCUGUGCGCCGAGGCUACCACCGCCAUACGUGAGCUAAGACUUGAACCUAGUACAACUCAAGUUGAACGUGUUCAAGUGAUGUAAGCCAACCGCCAUGUCCUUUAAAGUUCCAGUGCUGUAUCCAUCCCCUAUCGCACGCCAAUUUGAUAUUCUGUUUACGUUUCAGUGGGUAACAUUUCUACCCAAAAUAAAUAUUUUUUUU